AUUCCCACAGAUUGUAUUUCAGUUCGGUCAAACCUGAUACAUCAGACAAUAUAUCAAAUCUCAGAUGUGGUUUUUGUUGUAUUUUCAACAUGGGUUCUUAUUUCUAUCACUACCUGCUUGGAGUAACCCUGAUUUCUGGUAUUUCGGUACUCUGUGUUGUUACACCGUCACUAUGUGGAGCUUAUUUACCCGGGGAUAUAGUCAUCGGGAUUCUCAGCUCAGUUCACUCAAAGCUUUCUAAUGUUUAUGCCUCGAAUCGUCCGUACACACCAUGUGAAGAAUUGAAUCUAAUAUCCUUUGUACAGUCAUUGGCAAUAAUCCAAACCAUUGAGACUAUCAAUAACUCGAGUUUUCUGCCUGGACUUCAGCUGGGAUAUCUGAUGUGUGAUCCAUGUGCAUGUGCAUCUAAAGCCUUACACUGUGUGGAGCACAUGCUAGCAGUUAAUGGGUCUCUUUCUGUUCUCUCGGACUACACAAACUUUAAUUCACCAGUGAAGGCAUUUUUGGGAGAAAGAUACUCGGAAUUAUCUAUUGCUGUAGCCAAAAUGCUCAGUCUCUACAUGAUUCCUCAGAUCAGUUGCACUUCCUCAGCACCCACACUAAGUGACAAGCUGCGUUACCCAUCGUUCUUACGUGUUAUUCCAAGUGACAUAUACCAGACACAAGCACUGGCAAAGCUCAUGAGGCACUUUUCCUGGAACUGGGUUGGGGUGGUGACGCUAGACGAUGACUACGGCAAUGCAGCGCUUGAGAACUUUCUGCUGGCUGCAGAAGAAGUAAAAGUAUGUGUGGAAUUUAAACAAGUGUUACCAACCAUUGAUAUACCUGAGAAGAGCAUUAAAGAGGCAGCUGAUUGCAUUCGAUCGUCCAGUGCCAAGGUUGUGCUGCUCAUUUUAAGACCCUCACUGGUGGAAAUGCUCUUUAAAGAGAUGAUUAGGACAAACACUACUCGUACCUGGAUAGCCAGUGAUGCCUGGUCUAUGGCAGGACUCUUAAUGAAGAUGAAGGACAUAAACAAAGUAGGAGAUAUCUUAGGUUUUACAUUUGUCACUGGUGAGAUUCCAGGCUUUAAUGACUAUCUCCUGAACCUUCAGCCAAGCUCAGGAGGACAUAAUGAUUUCAUCAUGGAGUACAAGAAUAUGAGAUUCAAAUGUCCUCCUGCUACAAAUUCUAACAGCACACGUCCACCUACUUGCAAUGUGACCGACCCCCAGGUGAUGAACGAUGACUUCCUGCUCAAUGUUAUGGAUCUCACUGCUACCUAUAGUCAGAGAGUUGCAGUCUAUGCCGUAGCUCAUGCCAUCAAUGAGAUUCUUGAAUGUAACGAAACUGCCUGUCCUGGAGAUACAAACUUUCAAACAGAGAAGCUAGUGGCCAUUCUGCGAGAGAUAAACUUCACCCUUGACAACCAAACCUAUUUUUUUAAUAACAAUGGUGAUUUUGACAAUGGCUAUGACCUCAUAAUGUGGAAAAAUACAGGAAAUGGUCGAAUAUCAAGUGUGGUUGGAAAAUACCUCAUAAGUAAAAGAGAUGUUGAGGUUUAUGAGGACAAUAUCCAAUGGAGCAACAACACGGUGCCCUGGUCUAGAUGUUCUGAAACUUGUCCCCCAGGAACAUGGAAGAGUGUGUCAGAUGUUUCCUGUUGCUAUAACUGUACUGUUUGCAGUGAAGGAUUCUUUUCUAACCUGCCAGAUCAAGACACUUGUCAGAAAUGUCCAAAUGGGACAACUUCUCUUCCAAAUUCCACAGAAUGUCAGGAGUGGAAGGUCUGGUAUUUGAAGUGGUCUGAUCCAUAUUCCGUCGUGGUGAUGGUUGGAACAGGAAUGGGCGUAAUGCUCCUGAUCUUCUCAUUCGUAUUUUUUGUUUUACACAGGGACAAUCCCAUCAUCAGAGACACUUUCAAAUAUUCUUGUAUUAUGAAAUUCGGGCUUAUUGUGAGUUUUGUAGGCGUCAUCAUUUUUUUAGGCAGACCAAGCAUUAAUCAAUGCAUAGCACAACAGGCAAUGUAUGCCUUUGGAUAUACGCUGUGUGUGUCCUGUAUUCUGACAAAAGCUUUUCACACCUUCAUAGCCUAUAUGGCCUGUGAUCCAAACAAACAGCACAGAUUGCAAAGGUUUGAUAAGCCAUGUCUCCUCGUAGUCCUCCUGAAUGCUAUUCAGGGCCUCAUUUGCAUCUUCUGGUUUGUAUUUGAUCCGCCAGAUGUUGAGACGAUUGAAUCAAAUACUGCACUAACCAUGAGUCAUCUCUGCACCCAAGGUGCAUCUAUGAUCGCCUUUGGGGCCAUGCAUACGUACAUUGCAGUUCUAGCUUUAGUGUGUUUCCUGUUGGCCUUCAAAGGCAUAGAUAAAGAGACUGACGUUAUUGUUUUCAGCAUGAUCAUCCAUCUGUUGACUUGGUUUUGUUUUAUUCCAGUCUUUAUCACACAGCAUGAACUGAGACCUAUUACCCAGAUCUCAGCCAUCAUGGUCUCCAAUUACGGAGUCAUCUUCUGCCACUUUGCCCCAAAGUGGUUUAAGAUUAUCUCAGAGAAGGCUGAAAAUGAAAAUGCAUUGCACAUCACUAGCAGCCAGUCAAUAGACACAGUUUCAGAUUCAGCAAUAGGCUUUUCCAUAAAUGGUUCAGUGGAUUCCUUUCCAUUACCAAACCCAGUGUCUGCAACAAUAUCAGGCCCUGCAGAUGUUGUGAAUUACGGCUGGGAAAAUGGAUUAAACAUCGGCAGCUCUGUGGACUCAAUAAAGAUACCAAGUACGGAGUUGCCAGAGCAGCUUAAUAUUGCAGAUGUUGAAAUUUCAGAUUUGGAUAUCUUAAAUACAAACAUCUCAGAGGAGUCAAUUCCAACAAUGAGCACAAUAUCCACAGUCUCAUGCAAUACAGAUGGUGGCAGUCGCUACUGGGAUAAUGGACUAAAUAAAGCUGACUUAGAGGACAGUGCGAUUACAGCAAUAAUGAAUAGAGCACAAAUCACUACUGCACUAGUCUGGUAUCAGAAUCCUGUUUCAAUUAGACGAAGGAGAACAAGGAGUUUCUAA